UGAACCUUUGUUUUGUACAGAAGAAUGGCUGCCAUGUCUAGUUUUCGAUUGAUGUUUUCCGUGGAGAUCGUGAAUUCCCGUGUUUACCGCGGUAUUUAAUAACGAGUGCUUGCCUCGCGUAGUGAAUCGGCAUCGGCCGCGAUGUAAGCAGCGCACGUAUGCACGUCGUUUUCGCUGCCCUAGUGUCCGUUUCGUCAAAAAAUGCCUGUGUUUACAUCCGAGUUAGCAGCGAGCUUCUGUAUUCCUGUCACAUUAAGUCUAUGGUCAACGAUCCUCAAAUAGCCGUAAUCGAAGGCACUUGGUGAGGACCAGCCUCUCCUCGGGCACCGGUCGCAAUUCACUCGUUCGAGCUUCCAUUUAGAAACGUGCUCGCAAGGCCACCAAAACGUCGACCCCAUCGGUAAUCAAGCUAUCGGGGGGUGGAACAGGUGGCGGUGGGGAGCAACUGUCCCCAGGGCCUGGCCCACCUCCCCCGGUGUCCGCGGCCUGUGAACAGCAGAAGCCGAAGUCGAAGCAGAAGCAACAACAGCAACAGCACGGUGGCGGUGGCGGUGGCGAGGAGCGUGCGAGAGAUGAUGAAGUGGUGUUGCAAGUUACAGCUGGCACGACGAAGCCCGUACUGGAAACGGAAGAGAAGGUACACGCGCAGAGCGCAGAGACCACCAUGAGUUUCAUCCUGCAGCUGGAUACUGUCGAACAAGCGACGGCGACGGCAGUCGUGGAGAAUGCGGCGAAGAAGGGAAACGGCGAGAGGCAGCAAUCUGCCGCGCCAGCGUUGUUAAUUACUCGGGAGGUGAUCACUUGUCCGCUAACAACUGCUAUUGCUACCACCGCUGCGAUGAUCAGCGGUAGCAGCAGCAGCAACAACAACGAUGACGCUGCCGUUAAGGAUGGCGGUAGAUCGUCGCAGCUGUUGCACAAGAUAGAGACCAGCAAUAACCAGCAGGAGGCUGUACUAACAGCGGGAGCUACGUCUUUCCCUACGCAGGUCAAGACCGUACUGACCUAUCCGGUCGCUAAGGGUGCUAGAGAGAUGCAGAGAACAAACACCACGCAGAUGCUGACAACGCGCGUUAUCUCGCAGAAGCUACCGUCGUCCACCAGCAGCCACCAUGUGCAGACCGUCCCGGUGGGAGCUGAUGGCACUUCUCAGGCGACAACUCAGACAUUAGCUAAUUCGACGUCGUUGCCAUCUCCCAGUAGUGGAGUUGUCUAUCCUUUGCAAACGACUGUUUGCGCGCAGACUGUUCAGCCGAUGAGAAAUCAGGCCGCAAUCGGCGAACUUGUUCAUGGUAAACAGCAGCAACAGCUGACAGGAACAAGCAACGUACAGACUACCCUGCAUCAUAAGUUGCACCAGGUGAAAACUAUUGCCACUGGCACGGCGCCUAUGUCGCAUAUUCAGAGGAUACAUCUGAAAACGUCGAACAUCAUCGGUCAGCCAUCGCAAACCGUGAACCUGCACAAGGUCAAGACUGUCGUAACCAGUCAGUCCACUGUUGUGCAACGAAACUCCUUACCCAGAAUACAAGGUAUACAGCAGAAGCAGCAAGUGGUGGCCGGUCAGAUGGUGAACCAGUUGUCCGUUAACCAAACCAAUGCGAGCACCCAGAAAACUCAGCAGAAUCCUGCAGCAGAAAAUAAAAUCCUUAGAACCGGCGGUAACUUGCAGCAGCAGAAGGCGCAAACUAUCAAUGCAGCGAACGCGCAAAAGGUAGUGCCAUCUCAGUCUGUAUGCAACAAUCAGAAGGUGACUUCGCAAGUAUUGAGCAGCGUUCAUCAUCACCCUAACCAUAAAAUACAACAGCCACCGCAGCAAUAUUCAGCUAAUCAACAGACUAUACAACAGCAGGGCCUGCAAAAGUUGCAGGGACCCCAGAAAACUACUGUAGUGGCCAGGCAGCAGCAGCAGCAGCAGCAACAGCAACAGCAGCAGCCCACGUCACUAAACAACGUUUCCAAAUCAUGUGGCGGUAAUGUAGUCGGCAUCCACAAAGUUCCGGCACUCGGGCAAACUACAAACAUGCACCAACAACAGACACAGACGCCUCAUCAAAAGUCACAGUCUACGACAACGUUGCAAAAGUCCCAGACUUUGUCGACGGUGACCAGCGCUGCCACCCGGAUACAGAGCGUGACAAAUGUCUGCAAGAGCAACAGUAUGCCGAAUAUCCCGAAGGUAUCGCAAAACUCGAAUAUGAUUACAAUUAGCAAACAACAGCAGCAAAUAGCGUCGCAACAACAACAACAGCAACCACAACCGUUAAUACAGUUGCAUCAACAAUUGUUACAGACAUCACAACAACAACAACAACAGCAACCGCAUCCGGUCGUGGUGCAAAAGUUGCAGCAGCAGCAGCAGCAGCAGCAGCAGUCUGCUGCAAAUGCGAAUAAUCUACAAACUCAAAAGAGUCACAGUAUUACUAACGUGCAUCAAAAGGUAAUCACGACUAUGCCGAACAAUCAAAGGGCUCAGACUGUGAUGAGUUCAAAAGCGCAACAGCAGCAGCAACAGACACUGAUGAGAAUAGGAAUAUCUACCAAGGGUCAGGCGUUGCAGAGUUCACAACCAGCGAGUCUGAAGGCUGUCUCGCAGAAAGUGGUAAAUCCUAUGAAAGCUGCAAACUCCCAAAACACAGUUCAACAGCCGGUGCAAAAGAACAGCAACGCUCAAUCCAUGAAGAGUAUGCAGCAACAACAAUCACAACAAAAUGUAAUCGGUUCGCAAAGCGUCCAAAAACAACCCGGAUGCAUAAAAACUAUUCCACCACAAAAACCUGUACAGAGGAACCAUGCUCAGAAAGUCGGCGGUGGAGGCGGUAUUAAGACUUCUCUGAACACGAGCGUGACUUCGUUAAAGAAUCCAGCGACGUCGGCAGUUACACAAAAGGCGAGUAUUAAGACGUUGCUACCACAACAAACAGUCGCGUCGAACAUCUUGACGCAUAAAAGUUCACCUAUCAAAAUACAGCAACAGGUGAUACCACAAAAACAGCUGAUUAUGUCUUCACAGUAUGGUUCGUCUCAACAAAUUAAACAACAAACCGGGCAGCUAAAAACCUUGCUACCCGUAAUGACAACUGAAACUUGGAAAGGUCACGAGGACAUGAACGAUAUCGAAUUCCGAGCAUCUAAAGAAGAGGAGCAAGGCGCUCCUAAAUCACCUGUGAGAAGGAUGCCACUUCCAUAUGAGUGCCUCCAGUUUGUACUUCAAGACCAUAACUACGGGGCACCGCCGCCGCGUACGCCACCACCUCCGUCGCCACCACCUCACCCGAAGCAACAACCUAUCAACGGUGCCGGAAGUUCCACAGCUACCUCUCAACAUCCGUACAUUUUCUGUCCAGUUUUAAGUAGUACUCACGUGGAAGAUGAUGCGGUCAGCGUUAUUAGCAGCGAAGGAGGGCGGGAAGCUGAACCGGAAGGUGAAGAAACCGAAACCGCGCCUGAGGGUGAAGGUGAUGAUGAAGACAGUGUUACUAGAUGUAUUUGUGAUUUCGAGCACGACGAUGGAUACAUGAUAUGUUGUGAUCGAUGCCUAGUUUGGCAACAUGUUGAUUGUAUGGGCAUAGAUCGCUCGAACAUUCCCGAUGAAUACCUCUGUGAGCGAUGUCGGCCACGACGAGUGGACAGGCAGCGAGCUCGCGCUUUGCAGAUGCGUAAACGCGAGGAGCUGCUCAAUUCAGACACGUCAUCCGACACAUCGUCCACGAGCUCUGCGGACACGGACGUUGGCGUGAACGCGACGCAGAAAAAACGCUCGCUGCCGCAACAACAGUCCGUCCCGAGACGGUCCAAGUCCGACGCACCUGCACAGGUACGAAGACUGAACAACAACAAUAACAAUAAUAACAACAACAACGUCGCGAAACGGCAGAGAAGGGAUUCGCAUCCGCGACAGUCUAGCGCCGUGCGCAAGAAAGAGGUCGCGGCGAAACGUGGACCUGGAAAACGCAAAGCUAAGAGGAGGAUGAGCGUCGAAGACAAGGAAGAGGAAGCGCAGGACAGCUGGGGAUCCUCGAAUAUGGCGCCCUUGCGACAAUGGAUAGAGAGAUACGAGGAAGCGGUUACGAACCAUUACAGUCCCGAGCUACGGGCCAGGAUAUCGAGCAUCAAGGUGAACGGUACUCACAGCGAUCUCAGGCAGAGCAAUAUGAACGUCAUCGCUACCGGCAAAUGCAGACUCAAUGUGCACAGUAACAGUCUCAGAUUUCUGGUAGCGACCGUGUACCUUCCACCGAACACUCCAGUGGUCGAGCUACGCGGCAAGUAUAUGCUCAGUACGCAACACAGACCGCAACAUCCACAAGGCAGGCAACACGCCCAACGGCCCGGACCGUUUGUCUUCUUUUACCGUUUACCACGCGACGGUACUGAAGUGUGCGUGGACACGCGGACUUAUGGUAACGACGCCAGGUUCGUACGACGUAGCUGUAGGCCGAAUGCCGAGGUGAAACAUUGCAUCGAAAAGGGUACGUUGCAUCUGUACAUCGUGACGACCACGGCGAUCGAGAAGAACGCUGAGAUCACGAUCAAGCACGAGCAACACGACCUGCUACUCUCCCCCAAUCCCAAUUCAACCGCGCUGCCCGUCGUGUGCGCGUGCAGCAAUCCGCGGGAGUGUCAGAUAGCCACGGCUAGCCAGUUGAACAGAAGAGGCAGUAACGGCGCUCUCGUCGAAAAUGCUGAUGGCAGAGAACGAAGACGGCGAGGCAGAAGGAACACAGUCUGCGAAGAGACCGAGCCCGCGCCAGCGGUUCCCAGCACGAGUGUCACACAAAGCCCUCCAACCGUGACGACGGUGUCAUCGACGGUUACCGCUCCACCACCUAGGAGGACCGUCACGACCACAGUUGCUACCAUAACCACACGUCAAGUUCCCAAGGAGGAACCGUCUGCGACCGUGCAACAACCUCAAACAUCACCCGGUAUCAGCCAAUCGACGCCGCCAGAAACGAAGAAGGACAAGAAGAAGAUGACGAGGGAAGAGCGGAAGAUGGAGGCAAUAAUGAAGGCAUUCGAGAGAUUGGAGAAGGCGGAGCAGAGGAAGCAGGAGGUGCAGGCGAGAAAUGCGCAACGAAAGGAAUCCAGCGGUACGCACAGUGACAACGAGGACAAUCAUUCAACGACAGGUCAGUCAAAAAAUAGACAAGCCAGCUCCGAAAGACCGUUACGAAGGAAGAGGAGGAAAGGUCGCGCGAGGACGACGAGCACGUCUCAGUCGCAGAGCAAUCGAAGGACACGAUUGAACUCUGCAGAAUCGGACGUGUCCUCUGGUGACGAGAGCAACUCUCUGCAAUCGCCACCACUGUUGGGUGGUAGUCAAGUGCGUCCGCCUAGCCAAGAGGUCCCGUACUCGUCUCAUUUGCACACACCAGCGAAGAACACCAGCAACGAAGUCGCCAGUACUGGGCCGUCCGGUCAUCAGGGUAUUCCUACGGCGGCCGGCCUGUUGCUGGCUCUGGCGAAUUCGAAUGCACCUCCAGGUCCUCCGAGUUCACCUCCGCUGCAGCAACCUACACCGGUGAAGAGUCCGACGUGCGACAGCGGUGCUAGCAGCAGUUCCCAGAGCUCUACACCGUCUACGCCGCUCUCGUCCGCCUGCCUGUUGGUUGCUGCCGCUGUUGGCCCGUUAGCGCCCGGCUUGAAGUUCCCGAAGACGAAGAAGGCGUUGAUGAACGAGUGGCUGAAGGAAUCGCCGGAUCUACCGCCGCCACAGGCCAACGUAAUACCUCAAGUGUCCCCGUUGUCGGCGUUACCAACGGCGUCGACUUUACCAAACACCAUGAACUCCGCGCUGUGCAUCAGGCAGUCGGAUUUCCCACUGCCGUCCACCGGCGCGGAUCCGUCCGCGGAGUUCUUAUCGCAGAGUUACGCUGCCAAGAGCUUGGCGACGCUCGUGCAAGCCGCCAACUCGGUGUCCGGCAUAUGCGACUCGCCACCGCAGCAGCAGCGUAGGCAACAACAGCAAACCGUCGGCGGUAACAACAGUACCGCUGUCAACAAUCAUUUCAACAAUAUCAAUAACAACAACAACAACAACAACAACAACGCUGGCGGCUGUCCGGCCUCCACUGGCUCGGCGAAGAAGAGAUGGCUGCGCCAAGCGAUUUCGGAAGAGUGCGACUCGCCGAAUAGUAGACCCGACAGCCCACCGGCUCUUCUCGAAACGGUGGCACCACCUAAGAAGAGGAGAAUCGCUCGAGAAAGCCUGUCAUCGGACAAUUACACCCCGCCGACUACUCCGACCAUGCUGCUACCGGAAGCGGCACCUAACAGUAGAUCGUUGUGCCCUAACGAGGAUGAAUACACGGAACACGCGCAAUCGCCCGUAGUGGAACAAGUCUAUGAGAGACACUACGAGGAGUCGGUAUCCGUGAAGGAAGAAAGCAGCAUAGAACCCGAGGAGACGAUCGCUCGCGAGAAACUCUCUAUCGAUAUUCCUCGGUCGGACUUUUGUACAAAGCGUGAUGACAAAGCAGAAAUAUCCGAUGUCGUUAAGACUGAAGUAAAAUCCCCGGUGAUAAAAACGGAGGACACGGCGGCGACAAUGGGAGAGGAGGAGGACGUACAAAAAUGUGAAGAAGCUGAUGUGAAAGCUGACUACAGUUCAGCCAUCGCGUUGCACUCGGACACGAAGGUGUUCGCAAAGGACGAUUUGCGGGCCGCGAAGGAUGAGGUGCUUGAUCUCAAAACGGACAGUUCGCACUUGAGCAAAGUAUCGGUCUUCACGAAGAAGGAGGAAACGCAAACCGUUGCCAAAGGUACGGUCGAGAUAAUCGAUCAGAAUGAACCUGACACCGAGAUGGAGGAGUUCAGCUCUCCACCGUGGUAUCAGUGCGAUAUGGAGUCAGACGCGAUUCUUAAGCAACGUGUGGCUGAGAUGCAGCUGGAGUUUGGCGGCGGUAUCGCCGAAAUCGUGAAUAUCAGUGAUAACGGGAAGCCAGAUUGCGAGAAGAAGCCGUGCGAGGAAGAAGCCAGCGGCAAGUGCGAAGAGACCGAAGAGAAGUCGGACGACAACACGUCGAUCGACGAGUUCGAUGUCGAGGCCCAAAUGAAGAAGAUCACCGGGGACGACGGUAACGAUUACCAGGAAAAGAUCGAAACGAGCUCGGAGCGGGACAAGAGUAUGGACGGAAUCGAAGGCUUGAUGGAAAGCUCCAAGGAAGACUCGGAUUCCGAGGACAAGGAUAUGGAUGACACCAAGUACUGUGAGUCUGCCUUCAAACUGUUCAACGUCAGUCACGAGGACGAGCCGCCGUUGAAGGAAGAAUUAGAGACUACCAAGAUAACGGAGCAGCAGGUUCUCGUCACAAGCGACGACACGAAAGAGACGAAAAAAGACGAGGGUGGCGAACCCGCGAAAACGGCGGAACCGUCCAGCACCUUCAUCGCUUCCUCGGAAGAAUCCGUAUUCGAGUCGACGUCGUCGAACGUGGAUACGAAGCCGGUGGCCGAUCCGCCCAAGAUCUUUCACUCCAUUCCGCCGUUGAGCGAACGUAUCCGUAAGAAAACGACCGAUUCGGCAGCCACGUCGAAAACGCCGUCGCUAGGCUUGGAGGCAGCAAUCAUCGAGUCCACGAUCAACAUGGACACCGCGGAAGGGUCCAAGAACGGCGAGCAGAAGUCGAUCGAGCUGUCGACCGCGCUGCGCGAGCUCUUGGAGGCGAAGUUGGACGAUGAACCGACUGAAGCGGCGAAAGAUGACGCCGACAACAAGGCAAAUAACGCACAACCGAUAGUUCAACUAAUGACAUUAAAUUCUCCCGAACGCACGACGUCGACGGACACGCCAAACCCAUCGCCGGCUCGGCCAGAGGCUCGACCGGAAGAAGCGCCCGCCAAGGAAGAGGAAACCAAGCCCAAGGAGAUCAAACGCUUGAAGGAUCCGAGAACCGUCGUGCCGAACAACAUGCCCGCACCGUCGGCCUUCAAGCCGGACGCACUGCCUCCGGUCAAGCGUAAGGUUAGAACGUUGUCCAUAUCGGAGUAUCGCAAGCGUAAGCAACAGUCGUCGGGAGGAUCCCUCGCCGAACCGGAACCAUCGAGCGAAACCUCCGCCGUGGACAAGAGUGGAGCGCGAGAUAGAUCGGACAGUGCCAGCAGCGGCACCUCGUCGCUCAGUUCAGACGAGGAAGGCAGCAAGAUGUCUCAUCCCCACGAUCUACCGGGCCUCACCACACUACCACUUUUCACAGGCAUUGAGAACGACGAAAAGAAAGGCGGAGAGGAAGGUACUAUCGGUUGGUCCGCGGCGCCAACUUUGGUAGAACGUCAACGGGAGAAUCUCACCGAGAGAUUGAAACGUGAAUUCGGACUGUUUCUCAGCGAUGACGAAGAGGAGAGAGCUCGAAAGCAGGGUCUGACCGCUGAGGCGAUACUGAAGGCGCGCAAGGUGUCUCCACCUCACUCCUCGGUCUCCAACACCCCGCCGACGUACCCACUGCCGCAGUUACCACCGCAGCCGUAUAUACCACCGCCUGGCUCCGCGCCUAUUCAUUAUCCCCCGUUUCAGAGCAAACCUGCUCCAGUGUUGUACUCGACUUUCACAUUGCCGCAGAUCACGACGGCCCAGCAGCCGGUAUACGGCGGCGCAGUGACGUCGCAGGCAACUGGUGUCAACAGCAAGCAAUCGCAGCAGUCGUUUUUGAUACCCCAGGCGUCCCAAGCGCCGCCAGGCUCCAAUCCUUAUCCGCCGCAUCUGACGGUGCCGACGAUCACCAAGUUCACAUCGGCGACGCCGCCGCCACCGCCUCCGCCAUCGUCAACAUCAACAUCAACAUCAACAUCAACAACGGCUAACCAGGCGUAUCCGGUGCAACCGCCGGGCCAGCCACAGAAGCCGUUUUUCAAUCAUCCGGCGUCAAGAUCGUAACCGGCGGAAGGGGUAGUAUUGUUAAUAAUCUUCAAGUUAGUGCUAAAUGUGCAAGCUCCGAUCUGUAGAGAAGGUGAAAUUGUGUAUCGAUAUCUCGAUAUAGUACACAAUUCUACUUGAUAUCGACCGAUUACGACCGAUUGACACGGGACGCGAACUAUCGACACAUGUUAGCGCCUCAUAGUUCGUUGAUCCUCUUGUCGCAUGCAUAAAAGCUGAAACGUGGUGAGAAGCUUCAAUAAGCUGUUCCUCGAAAGAAAAAAUAUAUGUGAGAGACGAAUUCCUGAGCCGAAUUGUUUUCCACUAAAAACUCGUGGUUUAUUCUUUUCCUUUUUCUCUGCCUACAAAGUAGGAAAAAGACAUUCCCCAGUGGAGAGAAGCUAAUGCAACGUAAUUGAAUUUUAAACGAUCGUCAGGUUAUAACUUAGAAAAAGAAUCAUCAAAGCUUAGUUUAGUUUACCGAUCGCUUCUGUAGAAAGAUAGGAUCUUAUCCCCCGCGAUUUUAAUAUUCAUCGCUGGACGUUGAUUUAAGCAAUUUUUUUCGCGAGGUAAUGCCGAUUGGAAUUCGUGUGGCCUAAUGAGAAGAUAGUCAAGUGUGAAUAAGUUAUGUAAACGGAGACCUGUUGAAAGCUGUAUCGGUAUCUUUCGCGGGUAAUGGCCAAAAGUGUGUUCUCUCGGGAACGACAUACACUUUUUAUACCGAUGAAAUGGUGCCCUAAACUGUUACAUAUGUAGUAUUAGUCCAAUUUUUUGAUAAGAUUAUCCAAGUUAUAGACAAGUACGAGAUCGGCCCACGCAUCAGCAACGCUGAUCUCGACGUGUCUCACAGGCGUACCCGCUAAAAAAAAUAUUUAAAAAAUCAGCUAAUAUUACCUACAAUGUGCACUUUGCAUCAUUCAACUUGUCUGUACAUAUUAUUUGCAUAUACGCAUAAUACAAUUAACACUACGAAUCCGCAUAUUUAAUCUUAACUCAUAAAUAGACCUUGUGUAUCGCAAGACAUGAGUGAAACAAAAUGUGGGGAAAUGAGAACGAGUGUUUGACAUAACAAGAGACAGAGAGCAAACCAAAAGAGAAAAAAAAAGGGAAAAGAAAAUGGUAAGGAAAGACACAACAGUGUCGCCAGAGGUCUCUAUAUUUUAUAUUUCAUUGUAAAAUGAUAAUAAUUUAUAAUAAAGAGUAAAUGUUGAAAUUUAAAUUUGAGUUUUAUUUUGGACAUUUGUGAGAGUUGCUAUUAUUUUGGCAUAUCGAUUUUUCUUUUUUUAAUUAGAUAUGAUGUAACGCGUUUGUUCUUACAUGCGUGAAGUUUAUCGUCAGAUUUUAUUUAUUUUGAAACGAUUAUAUAUUUUUGGAUUUUUGCGCGUCAGGACACGUCGAUUCUCUAAGAGUUCAAAACAGAUCUGUCAUGACCGAUCUGUUGUGUGCAAGAAUAGUACGUUUUAUUUUGACAAAGAAGCCUCAUGACGAUUAUUAUUUGUUAGUUAAACGAAGCGAUCCUCGCGAAGAGAGAACUCGCGCGAAAGCUGAAAUGUCUCUCUUCGUGGACUCGCCGAUAUUCUCAAAACUUUAUUCAUUCGUACAUUCAUUCAAGUACAAAAGAAAUUUACUGAACAGUAAAGAAAGAUUGUAUUAAAGCAGCGUAGAAAUAAAUUGCGAUAAAUUAAGAAGGCGAGAGAAUUGUAUAAGUUAUAUUGCAUAAAGAGUCGCUUUAGAAUAUUCGCUCCUUUCUUUUUUUAUUUAGUCUCUAAGCGAAUUAUAUAUGUGUUAUAACGAGAAACAUCUGCGUGUUUCUACUUUGUCGCUUGCGAUACGAUAGAUUUAUGUUUAUGACUACGAGAGCGUUCUGCGAUCGUUUAACGUAAUGCGUGCACACGUGUCAGCAAAUUAAUUUUUACCUAACACUUAUUUCCUAUAAGUCAACACAUAACGAUUACUUUCCUCUUUCUUUUAUCUAGGAGUAUAAUGUGUAAACAUUUUGCAAUUCGACCCAAUGAGAACGCGAUCUAUGUGUCUAUAAGUGAAAUUAGCGUGUAGCCCUUCGAAUAAGUUUGACUGUGCGAGCGCACCGUGUCAAACGGCGUACAUGUACAUAAAUAAUGUUCAUUGUUAUCGAUUAUCGUGAGAAGAGGAAUGCGAUCCGCGAUUUCGUUAAGUGAGUUGUUCAUUUCUCUUUCGUUUUACAAUGUGUAACGACGUAUCUUCAGAGCAGAUUGAACAACUUUUGUAACUUGUACACGUCUCGGGAAUAGUAAACAGCGACGAUUAAUAUUGUGGGAGAGAGAGAGAGAGA